AUGCCUGCAGCAGCCACUUCCUUCCUGGGCCUCAGCCUCCUUCCCGGCUCUCUUUUCUGAUUAACCCCGAGGACUCCUGACUCUUUCUCCGCUUUGAGCAUCAAUAUGUGUCAUGUCAUCGUCACCUGUCGCUCAAUGCUCUGGACCCUCCUGAGUAUCGUGGUGGCUUUUGCAGAGCUCAUUGCUUUCAUGAGCGCAGACUGGCUGAUCGGGAAAGCCAAGAGCCACGGUGGCGCCGAGGCGGCGGGCGGGGACCCCGCGGAGCCCUACCACCCCACUUUGGGCAUCUAUGCCCGCUGCAUCCGCAACCCUGGGCUGCAGCACCUCCAGCGUGACACGCUGUGCGGGCCCUACGCGGAGAGCUUCGGCGAGAUCGCCAGUGGCUUCUGGCAGGCCACUGCGAUUUUCCUGACCGUGGGCAUCUUCAUUCUUUGCAUGGUGGCCUUGGUGUCCGUCUUCACCAUGUGCGUGCAGAGCAUCAUGAAGAAAAGCAUUUUCAACGUCUGUGGGUUAUUGCAAGGAAUCGCAGGCCUAUUCCUUAUCCUCGGUUUGAUAUUCUACCCUGCUGGCUGGGGCUGCCAGAAGGCCAUAGACUACUGUGGACAUUACGCAUCUGCCUACAGACCUGGAGACUGCGCCUUGGGCUGGGCCUUCUACACCGCCAUUGGUGGCACCGUCCUCACCUUCAUCUGCGCUGUCUUCUCUGCACAAGCAGAAAUCGCCACCUCCAGUGACAAAGUACAGGAAGAAAUCGAAGAGGGGAAAAACCUUAUUUGCCUCCUUUAGUUUGGAAGAGACGUUAAUUUUCUUCCUUCAGUAAUCUCAUGAAACAGUCCACCUCCAGUUUCAUCAUUUGAAUCAAGCGGAGAACUAGCCUUUAUGUACCACAGCCACAGGACCAAUGCGAGGCAAUGUCUGGUUAAUAAGCAAAGUUCCUGGAUGUGAGGGCCACAGUGCAAAUUAAUAAGGGAUGGAUGGAACAUGAAAAUAGCACAUAAACCCUGACACACAGUUGCCAAGUUUUGUCAGACUCCAUCUCCCUCAGGGCUCAAUGAAGGAUAAUGAUCUAAACCAUGAAGGCAGCAGUUUCUUUGGUAACAGAAGAGAAUGUUUAGCCACGUUUGCAGGCUGUUGCUGCCCAAAGGUUGCUUGUCUGUGAGCAUUUCUGCCUCGGAAUGAGGUUUUGGGUUGGAGUUUUGUUUUUCUCCCAGUUCUUUCAAGCAGUCUCAGUUGGCAACAAAAGGAAGACUACAAAUUUACUGGGAAUAGGAAUAGGAUGUGUGUGUGCUAAAGGCAUAGCAAGACCCUGUCCUAAAGGGGUCAGCAGGGACAGUGUGGAAUCCUGCUGUGGAACUUAUUCUAGGCUGAAUUCCAGGGUAGGGUGGGCCAACUGAACUGUUCCUUAGAUUUUUAAAAUUUGAAUAAAGAAAAAGGACCUGUACAAUCAUAUGAGAAUAAAAACACAAAAUCUUGCUCUUUCCUCUUCCCAGCAGCCAGAUUAGCACCAGUGCUGGCCCAGUCUCUUCUUCUACAGGAGAUCACAUGUUUUUCUCCUAGGGUUAAGAUUGUGCUUUAUCUGCCAAAGGAAACCGCACUGUUUCCUCAUUCCAGUGACAGAAGUCUCCAAGCCAGCUGUGGCUCAUUCAGAUGUUUGCUGGGAGACCUUUUCCCCAUUUGGUAACAAUGCUGUUAUCAGCUGUAUUUCCAACCCUAUCAGCAGCAGUAUGGCAUUCUUUGCCGAAAAAAAGGAGCUAAUCUCAGGAGUUAAGUUUUUCUAGUUAGUGGAGUUGAUCCUGAAAGCAGACUGAAGUAACAUUAAAUUGCUACAACUACAGAGUUGCAAAGGAUUUAUUCCCAGGAAAGCACAGAGUAGAAAGUUAAUACAAAAACAGGAGGUAGACCAAGCUCCUGUACCACCUGCCUACAAAAAGAACCAAACACCACUAUUAGAAAGGAUUCAGGGGCUUUUAAUCCAUAAAUUACCAAUGUAAUUGAUUUGAGAAGAAUGACCAAAUUAGCCAGAAGCAACUAGUCUAGCAUUACAGGAGCUUCAGAAUUGCAGAAUGGUGUAGAAACACACAUUAGGAACUUAAGCAAAGGAAGUGGACCUGCCAGAUUUCUGGAAGGAUUAAAAGUAUAGGUCUACUCACUUAAGGGCUUUAUUUUGAAAAUUUAGCAAAUAAUUACCAAGCACCUUCUAUGGACAAAGCACUGUGUGCUAAGUGCCACCAGGCAUACAACCCUGACUCAGAUUUUACAACUUUGCCCUGAAUGAAUCAUGUUAAAGCGGUGUGAGUCUAAAGCCAUGCCUUGGUGCAGAACAAAUAAUUGCUUUACAUAUAGAUGGAAUGGGGCAACUAAAGUUUUAUUACAUUUUGGCCUUUGGCCUAUACCAGAAACCAUCUUACCUUACAGAUUAAAGGCAAGAGGGGUGGAGGAGGUAGAACCAGGUCCUAAUGAAUUUAUCAUUCUUGAACCAAAGUUCAAAGCAAGCAAGAUGUAAAUCCUAUGACUUUUUCUGAAGAGAGAAGGGGUAAACAGGUAUACUCAUAGCAGCCUAAGGUAAGGAAACACUGACCAUAUCUCUAACACCACACAGACAUUUAUAGUGUUCUAAUCAAGUCCCUAUGUUACCACAGAAAUUACUUUUCAAGCCCUGGCAAUAAUUUACAUUGAAAGCAAUUCCCUUCAUAAGGUAUAUCUUGAUGAAAACACAAAAUUUUUCUUAAAUUUGUCAGAAGGUUUACUAUUUUUCUUUACAAAAUAGAAAAAUCUAUUUUCUAACACUAAAUUUACAGUCUCACUCUCCUCCUUACAGACAUGCCUUAAGUCCAGAGCAUGUCCAUUAUCUGCUCUUUGGCUAAGAUGGUAGUGCACUCCUAGAUCACAGUGAAAAAGUCACAGUGAAAAAUGUGACCUCUCAGCCAGAAUAAAGUCACUUGACAAUAUUGUCAUUAAUUUGAAUGUUGUAGAAGACAGAAAAAAAGCACAUGUACACAAAACCCCAAACCACUUUUACUACCUAAACACAAAGUAAACAGAGCAGAGAGAUUUUUCUCUAGUAGAGACAGAGUAAAAAGGUAACGUUGGGCCUUUUAAACCUUCAGUCCAUUAGCCAAGCCUCACAUAGGAUAAACAGACCAUCUAAAACUAUGCUAGUCUAGCCCAAACUCUUUUGCAUAGCUGUUUAAAAACCACUGAAUAUAAGGAAUGUGCUAGAAAGAAAUGUUAAAAACAGAUUGAUUGUUGACCCACCUCUAUUUUUCUAAUUAAUAGGACCAUUACUACUACCAGAAAAGUCUUAUUUAUUUUGCCUGCAGUUGUGCUUAGAGUUUUGUGAUGGGCUGGGCUUCUCAAUGAACCCCUGAGGCAGAAAUGUUUGCCUUGGAUUCUGUGGAUUCUUUAAACCUGUGUGCUAAUUCAACAAUGUUACAUUAAUUAUGUAAGGGUUUUGUAUGUGUUUCAGACACCUGUGGUGUAAUGAUCUUUGUUAAACAUGUAUUCAGUAAAGUGCCAUAGUCUUUUUAUGUGUAGCAUAUUUAAAACUAUAUAUAUAUGUAUAUUAUACAUACACAAGUUUGUGUGAAAGAUGUGCAAUAACCAAGGUGUAUGUAUGUUUUGUUUUUUGGAAACUGGAUAGGAGUCAAAACAGGGAUGUUUCUGUUUUGGCAAAGGAGAGUUACAUGUUUUUUGCCUUCAUGACCUAGUCAUUAACCUUAAUUUUAAUGCUACACAAAUCUUAUGUGAAGAAAAGACUGGUAUGAAAUCCUUUUCUCCUGGGUCUAAAUUAAAAUAAUCACUAGCUUUAUGUGAAAGUAAGCCAGCCAGCCAGGCCCAGUUAAUGCUAGUCUUUCAUGUGAAAUGUGAAGCUGCCAUGUUGCCUUUUCUGUUAGUGUGAUAACUAGGAGCUGGUACAUAAUCACUAAGGAGCUAUUUCUUAACAUGCUUUUAUAGACCAUGUUAAUGCUAGACCACUAUAUAAGGGCUAAUCUUACACCUUCUUAGCAAUAAGAGUCUGGCUUAGAACAGACCUCUCUGUGCAAUAACAUGUGGCCACUGGAAAUCCCUAGUCUGCAUCUGUAUUUGGGUAGCAAUGACUACCAAGGGCCAAAAGAGUUAAAGGCACAACUGGGAUUUCUUCUAAGACUGUGGUGAAACUCCUUCCAAGGCUGGGGGGUCACUAGGUGCUUUGGAGGAACUCGGCACCACUUGAUAUUCAACAGCCACUUGAGCCAAAUAUAAAAUUGUAUUUACAGCUAAUGGACUCAAUUUGAGCCUUUAAAUUUGUGGUUAUCCUAUUAUAUUGUAAACUAAUAUGAUGUUUGUCUAGCAUUGAUUAGGUUCCUGUGCAUAUGUAUUUUCACAAUGUGCUCCCCUUUUCCCCCUCCCCUCCCUUCCCCUCCCCAGAUCUGAAUUAAACCAGAUUUUGCAAACUCAU